GCUUGGAGUUCUGCUGCUCGGUCAUUCCCCAACUUGUUGUUGUACUCAUGCCAAGUACAAACCCUCGCCCAGGAAUGCUACAAACCAAGCCCGGCAUGUGCGCCCUUUCGCCUCCAUUGGCAUUCAGGCAGAUCGAUUGUUUGGCAACGCGUUGUUUUGGUCACCAAUAAAGAUCUAUCUUCUGCCUCAAGCCUUCUCACGGGCUUUCUUUUUCUACCUUGCUCUCGCCUUCUCACUCGACCACAGAUACUUCGCGCCAGUCCUGGGUCCGACAAGUCAACGAGGUACGUAUUGUUGUUUCGAUACUAACCACAGCGAAGGAGGCAUAGUCUGUGUCUUUCGAUAUCUAGCAGGUCCACAAGAGUCGGUCAGGUUUCUUUGAUAUCGCUCUGCAUCCCAAGAGUCUCUUUGUAGCAAGAAACUUGCAGUCCAAGGCACUCCACGUGAAGACCAUCUUUCUCAUACCAGUCCAUCACGACUCGAUAUCAAGAUGCGCGCGUCAAGCUCUCUUGUUGCGGCCUUUGCAUGCCUGGCUCAGAUCGGGAUUGCCGAAGCAGCUUUGUCUUUCACCCAAUGGCCCUCGGUCAUUCAUGCCGGUCAGCCUACCACUCUGAAGUGGCAGACGGACUCGGAUGCUCCCGUGACCGUCACACUGCGGAAGGGCAAUUCUCAGAACCUGGACACCGUCCAGACCCUGGCAAGCAACGCCCAAGGAGGCUCCUUCACCUGGACUCCGGACUCCACGAUAGAGAACGGCGAUGACUAUGCCUUCCAGAUCCAGCAGAACGGCUAUGUGAACUACUCGGGGCUUUUACAGGUCACCGAUGGCGUUCCAGCAAGCCCAGCGACCAAGGUCGCGUCCACCCCAGUCCUCAGACCCAGCCCAACGGCGCUGGUAGCCUCGGUGAUCCCCCCAGCGCCCAGCCCUGCCAGUCCAACUGCAGCUGCAUACCCUACCGACACAGCCCCUCACGAUGAGAUGCAGACAGUCCAGAAGGGCAAUGACGGCCAGACUUUCACCGUCAAUGCUGCCAAUGACCCCAGUGCGAACGCAGCCGGGGCCGCCAACAGCAAGACUGCUAUGGCUGCCUAUAUGCAGAGUGGUGCUGCCUCUGUUCGCGCCACGGGCAUGGGCUUCAUGUUGGGUGCUCUUGCCAUGGUGGCUUACCUCGUCUAGUAGACUUGGACGAACUUCCCGGUGAUGCUUGGCAAACAUUGAACUUGGUCUUACUUGGUUGUCAGAACUUGGUUCGUGUGUGUCUAGAUUUAUUGUUCUUAGUCAGAUCAACUCGCAUGAGACCGAGCGGUGCUGGGCUUGCUCUGGGCGACAGGCGUUGGUUUGAGGUUUUUUUUUAUUUUGGCUUCUCUUUCUCUUCUGUUGUGUAUAUAUAUAUCUUCUCUGCAGACACCACAGGGUCGGGCCGAGAGCGAGCCACAAUCCUUUUCUCGGGACUGGGCUUGCAGAUCAGUCCAGACGCCCUUACAGUGCUCGAGUUUUGUGUGAUC